CUACCUAAACCGAUGGAAUCGACUACGCUUUGAAGAGAAAGAAAAAAAAGGAAAAAGAGAAAAAUCAGUCACAUUUAAACGAUUAAUUGGCUUGAAAUGGCUCUGCUCUUGACCUCCCCAUCAUCUCUGUUUGCCUCCUUCGAAAACCCUAAACCUCUCUUCUUUUCUUCCCUUAAACUGCAUUCUUCUCUUUCGUUUUCUCAUACAAACCCCACGAAAACCUUCCCUCUCCGUCCUCUAAUUUCUCGCGCUUCAUCCCAGCCCGACCAACCCGCUCCUGAACCCAAUUCAGAAUCCUCCGCCGAAAUCCCAGUUUCCAUCACUGACGAAUGGGGCGAAAAGACGGAGCUCGAACCCGAGCCUGAACCCACCAAGCUGCCUGAUUCGGACCCUCCGAAGAACGAGGACGAGUGGGAGGAGGAGGAGGAGGAGGGGCAUGUGAGCCAAGGGAACGGUACUGCUGGACAGGCGGUGGAGGAAGAUGAUAAUAAAUUGGCUGAUUUGAAGAAAUCCUUGGUGGACACUGUUUAUGGGACAGAGUUCGGGUUUCGGGCAGGGGCGGAAGUUAGGGCCGAGGUUUUGGAGCUCGCUAAUCAGUUGGAGGCGCUUAACCCUACUCCAAGACCCGUAGAGACUGCUGGUGUUCUUGAUGGCAACUGGGUCUUGCUGUACACAGCAUUUUCUGAGCUGUUACCUCUUCUGGCAGCAGGUGCAACUCCUUUGUUGAAAGUGGAAAAGAUAUCUCAAACAAUUGACACCAGUAGCCUCUCCAUUGAGAACUCGACUACAUUGUCCAGCCCCUUUGCUACGUUUUCUUUCAGUGCUUCUGCCUCCUUUGAAGUUCGAAGCCCUUCUAGAAUUCAAGUUCAAUUUAAGGAAGCUACCUUCCAACCUCCAGAUAUUAAGUCAACUGUUUCUCUUCCAGAAAAUGUGGAUAUUUUUGGGCAGAAUGUCAGUUUGUUGCCUGUGCAACAAUCUCUCUCCACACUGCAGGAGGCUGCAGCAAAUAUUGCUAGAGCAAUUUCUGGUCAGCCACCCCUAAAGAUACCUAUUCCCGGUGAACGGACCAAGUCCUGGCUUCUUAUUACAUACCUUGAUGAAGACCUUCGAAUCUCUAGAGGGGAUGGUGGUCUUUUUGUGCUUGUUAAAGAAGGAAGUCCUCUUCUAAACUAGUAACCAGGUACAUUCCAUUAUGUUUUAUAGAUUAAUCUAUACGUAUACUCUUCACCAUAUCUUUUUGUGGUUUCAUUACCCAUUACACAGAUGAAAGAGAAUUUGUUCCUGUCAUUUUGUAUCUCUCAGGCAUUUAAAUAGUGUCAAUGAUACUUUGAUUGCAAUUCUUAUGUUCUGUUUGGCUGCUGAAGCCUAAUGGAAGAAUGAAAAAUUUGAAACCUUUUUGUGUCA